CCCCGUGCAACAGUGUGCAGCCCCUCGUUCCCCACCAGACAGACAGGCAGAGGCAGAGCGGCUGAGAUGAACGGGAGAGACGGAGGGGAGCAGGCAGGGAGGAACAAACACGUAAAAAGGUGCGGAGGAACUGGAGGAAUGACAGUCUGGUUUCGGGGGUGAAGAGGGGUUUAACUCUGAGAGGGAGGGACUGUUAGGAGUAAGAGACCAGAGGGAUGAGAGGAAGGCAGUGACAGCGCAGACAAAGGUAGCUUCAGAGUGCGUGUCUGCCGCUCAUUUCAUUCACACACACACGCACACACACACACUCUUUCUCUUUUUCACUCACACCCUCGAGCAAAAGCAGCGGAGCUGUGUGGGUGUGAGGCGGCAUGAGAAGUGAUAUCUGUACUUCCACACAUACAGCCGACUGACGGACUCACUUAAUCACAGACGACACACACCUGCUGGGUGCGCGCUCACUAACACACCUUAAUUACAUCGUACACACUCACGCACACACUCACGCACACACACCUUUACUACACCAAGAAGUCAACAUGGGUCUGGUGAUGGGAACCUUCUCGCUGCAGUCCAAGCAGGUGUCCUAUCACAAAGACAAAGCCGACGAUGACUUGGAGAUGACCAUCGUGUGCCAUCGGCCAGAGGGCCUCGACCAGCUCCAAGCUCAAACCAACUUCAGUAAAAGAGAGCUCCAGGUUCUCUACCGGGGCUUCAAGAACGAAUGUCCCAGUGGAGUUGUUAACGAGGAAACCUUCAAGCAAAUCUACUCUCAGUUUUUUCCACAUGGGGAUGCCAGCACUUACGCCCACUACCUGUUCAAUGCUUUUGACACCGGCAACACAGGAUCAAUAAAGUUUGAGGACUUUGUUACAGCUUUAUCCAUCCUCCUAAGAGGUUCUGUCACAGAGAAACUCCAGUGGACCUUUAAUCUCUACGACAUCAACAGAGAUGGAUACAUCAACAAAGAGGAGAUGACAGACAUCGUCCGAGCAAUAUAUGACAUGAUGGGGAAAUACACAUACCCUGUUCUGAAAACUGAUGCACCCAAACAACAUGUGGAUGCCUUCUUCCAAAAAAUGGACAAAAAUCGAGACGGUGUCGUCACGCUUGAUGAAUUCAUCCUUUCUUGUCAAGAGGAUGAAAACAUCAUGAGGUCUCUGCAGCUUUUUGAAAAUGUCAUCUAAAUGGCAAAUGCCAGGAGGGGUGCGGAGCAACAGAUGAAAGCACAGAGCAAGAGACGAGGGAAGAAAAAGGAUAAGGAGAAUGAAAGACGGACAAGAGUUUGCAGGAGCAAAAAACAUCAAAACCUCAGAGAGAAACGAAACGAGGAGCUUUAACUGCCACUUUGGAUUUCGAAAUGUAUCUCUGGAGAACAAACCUUCACUGGUUUUUGAAAUCAUCUUUCAGAUUCAUUUGGUCAUUCUCUGAGUGUCUUACCUUGUCUCUGUCUCCUUCAUUUGUCACUGUUGUGGCUUACUUUCAGCUUGGACUGUAUUUGGUUGUUUUUUUAUUUCUUAUUAUUAUUAUUUUGCCACUGUGUAAAUAUGCAGUCAGUCUCUCCUUUGGGCCAGUCUGUCUCUUUGUUUUGAACUAAAAAGCAGCUUACAGGUGAACUAUCCUAAGCAACGAUCUGUUUACAGCAUUAUUUCACGUAACAGUGCAGCAAAAAUGAGCAAGUUUAUGAAGCAUGUAGGGCAGAUGCCCACAUUAUACUGUAUUUAGUGUGUAUUUGCAAAGUUAUGGGCAGAAUAUUUUGUCUUAAUGCUUACAUUUGAGAACACAUAACUUUUCAACGUUGAACUAAGUGUCCGUUAAGACAUCAUAAGUCAGUUCCUGAGCGUUGUAACAACUAAGCUGUGUUAUAGGUAUUUAAUUGUUGUUUUUGUGGCUUUUUCUUACUGUCUGAUGUCUGCCUGUGUUUCUUACUCUGAUACCUGUCUGUCCUGUUGUCUGAGUGGCUAUAACUCUGUAAUUAUGCUGCCUGUCUCGAUAUCUGCUGAAUAAAGAGCUCAUCAGUCGGCUUCCAGAUAGAGAGCAACACAUA